AUGUCAGCGAGAACAAGCAGGGAGGCAGGCGCCUCCAGGGUGAUGGGAGGUCGGAGUAGUAUGGAUGGAAAGUCCGGGACAGGAACAGGGUAUUUGGAACAGCUGAACUCGCCAAGCAUUCAGAAGCUCAUGCACUCGGACGCUUCCACGACAGCACUAUUGGAGAGGUUGAAGAUGUCCCUAGUGACUUGCGUGGAGUUCACGAAGUUCAUAAGAAAGAAAUACUUGCUAGAAGAGGGCCAUGCGCAGGAGAUGGGCAAGGCUUAUAAGAACUUCUUUCCGGAGGGCGGUGAGUGCAGCUUGCAGAAUAGCAUACAUAAGGUUUUGGAGUAUGACGGAAAACUUGCGCAGGUGAAACUUUCAUAUGUUGCUGCGUUGCAGAAGAUGUACGAUGAGUUAACGUCGCUUCUUGCAUCCAUGACUAAAAUGCGCAAAUCCCUCAAGGAGAGCAGUCGGCGGUUGGAAAAAGAGGUCGCAGAUGCUAUACAUAGCGCCGAAAAGGCAAAGGCAAGAUAUAUGUCCUUGUGCAUGGAUUGGGAGAAGCUCAAGCUUGUAGAUCCUGCAAAGACGAAGUUGACAUUGCGGGGCUCAAAGACCACUCGAGAGCAGGAAGAGGACCUUAUUAGAAAGAUUGAUAACGCAGACAUGGACUAUAAGCAAAAAGUUGAUCAUUCGACGUCUCUUCGUAAUACUUACGUGUCUAAAGAGCGUCCUAAAAUAGUAUCGGAGUUGAAGGAUUUGAUUUUGGAAUUAGAUACGGCCAUAUCGAUACAACUUCAGAAGUAUACCAUCUGGACAGAAAAUUUGAUUUUGAAUAGCGGUGUAACCAUCAUCCCAUUCGAGGGCUCAUCGGGUAGCAUGAAGGAUAAAGCUGCUUCUGUGAACGCUCCCCAGGACUUGUUUGAAUAUCUGGAGGCGUAUUGUAAGAAUAAUGACUUGAUGAAAAAGAACCUCGUUCCAGUGGACUACAGGAAACACCCGUCGAUGAUUAGGCAUAAUGCUUCUCCUCACCCAUCCGGAAUUGGUAUUCAAAGCACUUACGGAAACCACUCUAAGGGGGGUAUGCCCACUGCGAACGAAUCUCCGUUCGAAGUGAAGCACACUCCUCCCACGACACCCAAUAGUACGAAAGUGUCAGGGGGGAGUGGAUAUUCGUCUGGCACAGUUAUUACUACUCCAGGAAAUAACAAAAAGAAAACAAUGAUGGAUGUCCUGGGACCUGCACAGGAUAAGCAAGGUAAUAAUAGUUCGAAAUUCGGCACUCUAGACCCUGGGUCUAGGAGGCCGGGUCCUGGCCAAUCAACCCUUGCGAACACUCUAGCCGUAUCACUGGGUACCGACCGCCAGAAGUCAAAGGAUGAAGCUGGUCCAAUCAUUCCAGCUGGGUCGCGGUUGACAAAAACUUUCUCUGUUCCUCUAGAGCACCUUGCAGAAUACGAGCAAGACCUGGUGCCUGCAAUAGUCCGGCAAUGUAUCUACAUCAUCGACAAGUAUGGGUUGUAUUUGGAAGGAAUUUACCGCAGGUCCGCAAAUGUUCUAGAGGUGAGCAGGUUGAAAGAAGAAAUAGAUAGAGACCCUUCGAACAUAUCAAUGUUACUACCUUCCAAAAACUACACCGAUUCAGAUAUUUAUCUGGUAAGCUCUCUCUUGAAGACCUUUUUUGCUAGUCUUCCAGACCCUCUUCUCCCCAGCUCAAUGGCCGAUGAGAUCAAAACGUGUUUGUCUAUUGAAAAUCCAGUAACAAGAAAGAAUUUCAUGCAUGGAUUAAUAUAUAAACUACCUGACUGUCAAUAUUGGACAAUGAGAGCUUUAAUAUUCCACUUGAAGCGUGUGCUAGAUCGACAAGAAAAAAAUCGGAUGAACCUGAAGGCUUUAUGUAUCAUAUGGGGGCCUAGCUUAGUGCCUCCUCGUGAAGACGAUAUUAAUGAUGUAAACUAUCAAAUCAACACAAUGGAGGUACUAUUUGAUGUUGCCGAUCAGGCAUUUGAACCAGAAUGA